AUGACACAGAACAAGACUCUCGUUUACAAAAAGAUCCCGACUGGUCUCCCCGUCGCCGGCGAGCAUCUCGUCAUUGAGGACCGCCCCGUCGAUAUCGACUCUGCUCCCCAGGGCGGUGUCAUCGUCGAGCUUCAAUAUGCCUCUUUCGAUCCCUACCUGCGCGGAAAGAUGCGCGACACAUCAGUCAAGUCAUACGCCCCCGCCUUCGAGAUCAACGACCCCAUCGUCAACGGCACCCUUGGCAAGAUCAUCAAGAGCGACACCUCUGACUUCUCCGAGGGCGAUCUCGUCACCGGCUUCCUCCCCAUCGCCGAGUACGUCCGCGUCGACAAGGACACCCUUCCCAAGGUCAACUUGAGAAAGGUCCAGAACCCUCACAACCUUGACCUUGGACUUUUCCUCGGUCCUCUGGGCAUGCCUGGUCUCACCGCCUGGUCUGGUCUUCACCAGAUUGGUAAGCCUAAGAAGGGCGAGACUAUCUUUAUUAGCUCUGCUGCUGGUGCUGUUGGUCAGAUCGUUGGCCAGAUUGCCAAGCGUGAGGGUCUCACUGUUAUUGGUUCUGUUGGUGAUGAUGCCAAGCUUGACUUCAUCACCAAGGAGCUUGGUUUCGAUGCUGGUUUCAACUAUAAGAAGGAGAGCCCUAAGGACGCUCUUCCCCGUCUCGCCCCCAACGGUAUCGAUAUUAACUUCGAGAACGUCGGCGGUGAUCACCUCGAGGCUGCUCUCGACAACAUCAACGUCGGUGGCCGAAUCCCCGUCUGCGGUCUGAUCUCCGAGUACAACACCCCCGCCGACCAGCGCCAAGGUACCAAGGGUCUUAUCAACCUCAUCGCCAAGCAGGUCAAGAUGGAGGGUUUCCUCGUCGGCAACACUGCAUUCGGCCCUGCUUACUACAAGGAGCACCAGGAGAACCUCCAGAAUUGGCUUGCCGACGGCAGUGUAAAGGCCAAGCUUCACGUCACUGAGGGUAUCGAUAACGCCGCUGAGGGCCUCAUUGGUAUGCUCCAGGGCAAGAACUUUGGCAAGGCUGUCCUCAAGCUCAAAUAA